AUGCGUAGGCAGUACGGCGAGAAUGAGCAGAUUGCCUCACAAGUCCACGAGACCCUUGUGCGAUACCUUCUCGAUAAGUAUUCCGAGAAGGAGGGUAUCACCUACGAAAGGAUUAACGCGUACAUCACAAGCGCCAAAGAAGUCAACGUGGACAACGUUCUGAUUGUGGCGCUGGACUAUAUUUUUCGUAACUUUAGCGAACUGUAUCAUACGGUAUGCGAUGCCGUUGACAUGGCAAGGGAUAAGGGUCCUGUACGAUGGACGGCAGAUAAUUUGGCCGAGAGACUUGAGAGGGUGAAGAAGGAGCAAGAAUGGGAACAAAAGGGGGACGCAUGA